GCGGGGCCAGGGGAGGGGCGGGGCUCUGGAAGAGAAGGCGGGACUGUGGAGGACCUGGAGCUCAAGGAGGUCAGGGUAGGGAAGGGGCAGGGUUCAGGGUUCGGGGGCGGGUUGUUUACGGUGAGAUCAAAAUCAGGCAGGAGCCUCCGGGGUCCCUGCUGUGCCACCCGGACAGGCCGUGAGGGUGGGCCGGGGGGGCGGGGCCGGGCCUGACCACGGCGGCAGAGUUCAGUCCCACUUUCCGCACGCCACCUUAGGCCCGCAGCCGUGCCGGGUGCUCGUCAGCAUGUCCUUCAUCCCGGUGGCCGAGGAUUCCGACUUCCCCAUCCACAACCUGCCCUACGGCGUCUUCUCCACCAGAGGCGACCCAAGACUGAGGAUAGGCGUGGCCAUUGGCGACCAGAUCCUGGACCUCAGCGUCAUCAAGCACCUCUUUACUGGGCCUGUCCUCUCCAAACACCAGGAUGUCUUCAAUCAGCCUAUGCUCAACAGCUUCAUGGGCCUUGGUCAGGCUGCCUGGAAGGAGGCGAGAGUGUUCUUGCAGAACUUGCUGUCUGUGAGCCAAGCCAGACUCAGAGAUGACACUGAACUUCGGAAGCGUGCAUUCAUCUCCCAGGCUUCUGCCACGAUGCACCUUCCAGCCACCAUAGGAGACUACACAGACUUCUAUUCCUCUCGGCAGCAUGCUACCAAUGUCGGAAUCAUGUUCAGGGACAAGGAGAAUGCAUUGAUGCCAAAUUGUGAUGACCCAGUGGACUGCCCAGCCCCAGAAGAGCUGGCUAUCACUUAUGUGCCAGGAUCCCAGUGGCCAAAGGGCACGGAUCAGCUCCGGAUUCUAAUGAACUCUCCUCCAUGUCAGGCUUUUUUUGUAGGCCCUGGAAACAGAUUGGGAGAGCCGAUCCCCAUUUCCAAGGCCCAUGAGCACAUUUUUGGGAUGGUCCUUAUGAACGACUGGAGUGCACGAGACAUUCAGAAGUGGGAGUAUGUCCCUCUCGGGCCAUUCCUUGGGAAGAGUUUUGGGACCACCAUCUCUCCGUGGGUGGUGCCCAUGGAUGCUCUCAUGCCCUUUGCUCUGCCCAACCCGGAGCAGGACCCCAGGCCUCUGCCGUAUCUCUGCCAUGAUCAGCCCUACACAUUUGACAUCAACCUCUCUGUUGCCCUAAAAGGAGAAGGAAUGAGCCAGGCGGCUACCAUAUGCAAGUCCAAUUCUAAGUAUAUGUACUGGACGAUGCUGCAGCAGCUUACUCACCACUCUGUCAAUGGCUGCAACCUGCGGCCGGGGGACCUCUUGGCUACUGGGACCAUCAGUGGGCCGGAGCCAGAAAGCUUCGGCUCCAUGCUGGAACUGUCGUGGAAGGGAACGAAGCCCAUCAACCUGGGGAAUGGUCAGACCAGGAAGUUUCUGCUGGACGGGGAUGAAGUCAUCAUAACAGGGUACUGCCAGGGGGAUGGUUACCGCAUCGGCUUUGGCCAGUGUGCUGGAAAAGUGCUGCCUGCUCUCUUGCCAUCAUGAGAUUUUCUCUGCUGUUCCAGAAACAAAGGGCUCAAGCACCCCUUUCAACCCUGUGAUGGGGGUCCUCCCUUGGGCUGUAGGCCUGGUCUUUCAUUCAGUGACAAAUAAAGCCCUUGUGCUCUGAGGCCUGCACUGCCGCAGGUGCA